UCAUAAUCAGGUACUCAAAACAUCUACAGAUCUGGCUGAGUGGCGGUCGUUGAGUAUUAUCAGUCAUUAUCAUUACAUCCAAUUGUUCUACGAUCUUGUGAUUAUACGUGUAUUUAACACUUGUUAAGUGUUGACUUCAAAACGUACGUUUCAAUCUGUUUUUCGACACUGCUUUUAUAAACCGUGGAUUCCCAGUGGACGUCUGUUUGUAAUCAUGCCGUUCGUUCUUCUCCAUUGUGAAAUAGGUCCUGUGUGAUAUAUCUUCCAUCACAAAGCAUCUAGACAUCAAACCUUAACACAGGAGUUUCAAGCCGAACGACAGGGACACACGGAAAGCGAAAUGCAAACAUAUCAUUCUGGAAAGUAAACCCCAUUCGCUAAUGUUUAAUCAUCUUGUUAACACCAUCGAUGUACACGGAGCAGGAUAACAUUGGCAUGGAGGAAUUUCUCUCUCAGAUUUUCACACCAUGUUGACAAUGUUCCAGGAUCAUUCUCAGUAAAUUGAAAACUCAUUCGCUCGUUUGAAGUGUAAUCCCGUGAAGCAACUCAUUGGACAUCUGAUACAGUUUUGGGUUAUUCAAACAUUGCGUCCUCCUGAUGUGAAAGAGAUAUUGUCAACACGGUUAAUGCACUGUUUGUUAACUUUAACAUCCAGGCGAGAUGUCUUGAUACAUUCUCUCUCAAGUCUGAACUGUAUCUUUUCACCAUCCCGGGUCACUCAGAACUGUUCACUCCUGAAUAUUUCACGUGUUGCAAAGGCAAUUGGACAUGUUGGAAUGAAUUUGAAAUGAAUCGAUAGAGCAACGACAGGGUACCGUCUUGAGUAGGCCUACUGAGUCUUGAACAUCUUAGUCUGGUUAGCUGUACCUGAGCCGAGUUUUCAGAGUAAGGAGUGAAUCACUGUCUUGAUCCGUCAGAGAAAACAUCCCUGACCUUAAACUUGAAGUGCCGAGUUCUGAACCCUUUAAGCGACAUUGGGCUUGCAUCUGUUGCCAUCUGAAAACAAAAUUUUAGCGCAAGGAUAAGUCAGAUUAAAGAAACUUGAGAUACACGGUUAUGAACCCUUCCUAGAAGCGAUAUUUGUCGCCGUAAUAUUUCCUUCUGGAUGAGCCGAACAUUUAGAGCAAGGAGCGAAUCACCUGAUCAGUCAGAGAUAACAUAAAACCCUAAAACUUGAGAUGCAUGGUUCAGAACCCUUCCUUAGCGACCUUGGGCUUGUACCCGUCGCCACCGGGGAGAGGGAUGCAUCGUUGCACCUCUACCGCCGCAAUAGCUGCCAUCAGGAAAGACUACAUCAGGAUCUCCAAAGGCUAAGGCAUCAGCAAGAACAAGUGUUGCGGAGAGCCAACCGUGAAAUCAUCGAUCUGAACUUGGAACAGAAAAAGCGUCGAGAGAAUCUCAACCGAACCCGACGUCGAUCAGAGUGUCUUGGUACUCUACGACAUCCAGACUCUACACACGGUGAUCACCACCCAUUCAGUAGAUACCAUUCAAGCAGCCAGAGCAGUAUUCACAGAACCACCUCCCGCUCGCCAUCAUCACCGACGUCGUCGACCAGCGGGUCGUUUCCACGACGUCGAGCAUCGAUCGACACGCCGACAAGUCUUCCACCGUUACCACGCGCCACAACGACGAUUGAAGCUUCAAACUCGAGUCCAGUUGAGCGUCCGAAAUCGAGAUCGCCCGAGCAGCUGCAUUCGAGUUCAUCGACCUCGAUGACCACUAAAUCCUCGGCUUCGAUACAUGAGAUAUACAUGGACUCCAAGUCGAAGAAAGACUUCACGAGACUGAAGAAGUUGUCUGACCGGUGGCGCAACGCGGCGCAACAGGUCACCAACGUCGAUCGGACGGGCAAACCUCCCAUUCCGACGAGCUCGUUUGCCGGAUCGUCCACCGGAAAGGACCACGAGGUUCACAAGACGUCGAAAGUUUUCGACAGGUUGAGUAUGAAUACCAAAGCCACUGCGAUGUCCUCGGACAAUUUCCUUAAGGUGCUCAAGCACAAAUACAAGACUCGUGAUGCACCCUCGAAGACAUAGUGAAUCCCCAUUCAAGUCAUUCGAAGUUAUUGUUCUUUUGAAAUGACACAGAGAUUUCAACAGUAUUUUGUGGGGAGUGUUAUUGCGUAAAAGAAAUCUUAUUACUUGUAAAAUGGUUUACCUUUCAGCCGAUUUUCGUAUUCUCUCUUUUUAUUUCAUUCACUUAUUUUAUUCUUAUUCAUUCAUUCAUUCAUUCACUC